UUUUCUUUGGCACACCAAAUGGCAUUCCUUCGGCUUUUGGUUUUAGUGGUGUUCGCGUGCUUGUGCCAAGCUGCACUCACAGCGGCGCAGGUCCUCCAGAAGCUGCAGGCUGAAUUGAAGCCUAAACUCUCAGUCGGCGCGAGUAUUUCCUUUAAUGAUGCGGAUGCGAAUCGCUGGAGUUGGUAUGCGGCGCCAGACCCUGCCGUCAUUGUGAAUGUGAAAAGCGAGAUCGAUGUGCAGCUUACGGUUGCAUUUUGCAGCACAUUCGGCAUUCCUUUCCUCGCUCAAAAUGGCGGCACCGGCUGGUCAACUACCUUCAAGAUGAACAACAACGGCGUUAUCAUUAAUAUGGCCGGACUGAACCAAGUGACUUUCAAUGCGGAAAAGACUCAAGCAACAAUUGGAGGCGGAGUGUCCAUCAAUUCGACUAUCCAAGCUGCGGAUGCGGCCGGAGCACUUGUGCUCACGGGGAACUGUAACUGCGUCGGAACAUUAGGCGCCUACUUAGGUGGCGGUUAUGGAAACUUGAUGGGAUUGAAAGGCAUGGGCGUUGACCAGAUAAUUUCUGCGCGUCUCGUCACAGCUGAUGGCAAAAUCCAGACCGUCACUGCAUCCGACCCUGACCUUUUUUGGGCCAUUCGUGGUGCUGGUCCUAACAUGGGUAUUGUGACCUCCGCGGUAGUCAAAUCAACUCCCGCUUCUGCGGCAGACCGUUCCGCUUGGACCGGAGCGCUCAUUUUCAGUCCCGACAAGCUUGAGCAAAUUGUUCAAGCCAUUGGAAACCUCCACCUCAAACCUGAGAUGAACAUCUUCAUGUACUUUAUCUCCAGCGGCGCGCCAGCCAACACGCCCGUGGUUCUGUUGACGCCCUACCUUUACAAGGGAGAUGCUGCCGCUGGCAAAGUGGCUUUUGCAAGCCUGUACGCUAUCGGUCCAAUUCAGGACGCUACAGCCGUAGUACCAUACACCGAGUGGAACACUGGCGCUGACGGUUUCUGCACGCGUGGUGGACGCAAACCAUCCUUCAGCGCAGGAUUCCAGACGAUGGAACCAAGCGCCUGGCGCCAAAUCUGGGACAAAUACGUGGUGUUUCAGAAGAAACCUGGUGCAGAGAACAGUGUCGUUCUUCUCGAGGCGUACUCUCUGGACAAGGCGCGCUCAAUUCCCUCUUCAUCCACUUCCUUUCCCCACCGUGGUGUCAACUUCAACGCUGUAGCUAUUCCAUGGUACUAUGAUGCAUCUUAUGAUACCGAAGCUAUCAAUUUUGGAAAGGCGGCGAGGGAUCUUUGGAGGUCUAACGAUGGACUUACAAAAGAUGCUGUAUACAUCAACUUUGCGAAUGGAGAUGACGAGCUUUCAGUCGUGUAUGGGGACAGCUUAUCCCGAUUGCGCACGAUCAAAAAGCAGGUGGAUCCGAAGGACAGGUUCAACCAAUGGUUCAAUAUUCCUGUCUAG